AUGAGCAGCGCGGUGUUGGGCAACGCUAGCGUGGCGGAAUACCGAGACUCCUUCAGCAAAGCGUUGAUCAAGAAUGUGCUGGUGGUGGCCAUCGGCCUGUCUGUCAACUACAUCAACAUCUGCCUCAUGUACACCUUCUGCAAGCACCAGAUCUUCUACUGGAACCCUCGCUAUAUCCUGUUCUUCCACCUGGUUGUGAACGACAUGAUCCAGAUGAGCGUGAGCAUCAUCCUCUUCGUGGUCAGCUACACCUUGUACCGCAUCAGCGUGAGCGUUUGCGCCGCCUUCAUCCUGAUCGCCGUCAUCACCUCGGAGAACACGCCCCUUAACCUGGCCUGCAUGGCGGCCGAGUGCUACGUGGCCGUCUGCCUGCCGCUCCAACACGCCCGCGUCUGCACCGUCAGGAGGACCCUACUCUUCAUCGCCGCCAUCUGGACCGGCAGCUUCAUCUCCACCUUCCCGGACCUCUUUGUCACGCUGGCCACCGAGCCUGCCGAGUUCUUCUCCGGCAAGAUCUUCUGCCUUCGAGAAACCGCCUUCCCCAGCCCGGAGUUGGCACGGAAGCGUGACUUCAUCUACAUCGUCUACCUGGUCCUGAUCCUGUCGGUCAUCUUCUUCUUGUACUUCAAGAUCCUGUUCACGGCGCGGACGGCCAGCAAGGAUGCCAAGAAGGCCAGGAACACCAUCGUCCUGCACGGCGUCCAGGUCCUGCUGUGCAUGACCAUGUACGGCGAGGCUCUGGUCAAAAUGCCUCUUCUCCGAUGGUUCCCCAAGAACAACUCGGACACGCUCUUCGCCUGCUACAUCGUCAUGCGUAUUCUUCCUCGCGCAAUCAGCCCCAUCAUUUACGGCGUGAGGGACAAGUGCUUCCGCAAGUAUCUCAAGCACUACUUGGUCUGCAAAAACGGCCGCAACUCGAGAAGCAAGAGACCUUUUCGCCGGAAUGUCGUAUGUGCUGUGGGGUCUGCUUUUUCUGAUGCCAGAACAUAA